AGUAGCCACAGUUUUUGUUUCCAGUAGCUGCCGAUAUACCGCUACGACCAUUCUGACAAAACGAGUUCGUUGGUUAUUUAUUCGGUUUUAUUUGUUUCCUUCAUAGCAAGUAUUCAUUCAUGUUGAGCUUCUGUAUUUGAAAUAAAAAUUCCGUGUUUCGUUUCGUUGCCUUGACAGGGAGGAUUUUUUGCUUCCUAGUCUCACACUAAACCGGAAAACGACUCGGUGCUCUGUGAAGAGCUAACGAGAUAAAAAGGACAGUGGUAUAACAAAAUUUAAUAAAACGGAAGUCACUCGAAGAAAAACCAAACGAAAAUGUUCACAACUUUAGCGUUGCUUCUCCUGGCAGGAGCUGUCUGUGGUGAUGGACCGAGGCGAGACGCUGAAUAUCCCCCACCGGAAUUUUUGGAAAAACUGAAACCGAUGCAUGAUGCUUGCGUCCAGGAAACAGGUGUAUCUGAAGAUGCAAUUAAACGCUUUAGUGAUCAAGAAGUGCAUGAGGAUGAGAAACUCAAGUGUUAUAUGAACUGUUUAUUCCAUCAAGCAGGAGUAGUUGAUGAUAAAGGCGAGUUUCACUAUGUGAAAAUUCAGGACUUUUUGCCCGAAUCGAUGCACUUGAUUACCCUUAAUUGGUUCAAGAAAUGUCUCUAUCCCCAGGGUGAAAAUCUCUGUGAAAAGGCCUACUGGUUGAACAAAUGCUGGAAGGAACGUGAUCCCGUUCAUUAUUUCUUACCAUAAUUCAAUAAAAUAUGUUUAUAGAGCAAAACUGCUGAAUUACAUAUUGGGUUGGGGAAAAAGAAAUGUCGUAUUUCUGAUCGAAAUUUGACGCUUUAUUUAACACUAGCUGACCCAGCAAAAUUCGUCCCGCCCAAAAUUUGUUUUUUUGUUAUCAAUACCUUCAAACAUUCACGUUUUCUUACUAUGAGCAUGAUAAUGGGUCCAAUCGCAGAACUGUUCAUUGAUUGAUCUUCUAUUCGACCCCGUUGAAUUUACCUUUUUACUAUAAAAUUCCUAGUAUUUCUAACGAAACUCAUCAUUAAAAUAUCAGAUUAUUUUCAGAC